AUGCAUUUAAGCCAAUGGAAAUAUGUCGAGACCACGAGUUCUGGGCAACCAGUUCUGAGAGAUAAUGAACAGGACAUUUACGUGGAACAAGUUGUCGGGUUAUACCAGGGUAAAGCGAAAAUGAUAGGGAAACAAAAAGGACGGAUUUAUCUCACGACGCAACGAUUAAUAUAUAUGGACGAUGCCAAACCAAAAGAAGAAAGUAUAGCACUUGAGCUAGACGAUAUUACCUCUGUGGAAUACUCGUCUAAAUUCCUUAAGAAAUCUGCAAAGUUGAUCCUGUUUUUGUUGAAGCCGAAUGGAUCGUCAUUGCGAGAAGACAAGGAGAGGGGAUUUACCGUAAAUUGGGUGUGUCCCAUCUGCAUGAUGACGAAUGAGUCUAGUAGUGAUUUGAAUGAAUCUUUACAAGAGAUGCCACCUUGCAUUAAUUGCGGCAUUCGAGCUGAUUACGAAAUGCUUAAGGACUCUAUAAGCAGAAAUCUGAGCGAUUCACAUGGGGAAGCUCCAAACCAGGAUUUAGGGAGCAUUGAAUGUCCUGCAUGCACUUUUCUCAAUAACUUAUACAUGAGUAAUUGCGAAAUCUGUGGAUGUCGAUUGCCUACAGAAAACAAGGCAGUGAGGACCGUAGGCUUCAAAGACUCCAGAAUAAAAGUCAAAUUGGAAUCUAGCGAUGGAAUUUACGAAAAUUCCAAGAGUUACGUGCAGCUAAGCUUCCGAAAAUCGGACGGUACAAUGUUAUGGCAAGCUACACAAAAGGUGUUAGAGGAUAGAGAGAGAAAAAGGAACAGUCCUAUUUUAAAUCAGGGAGUUACAACCGUUAAUGGUGUUAGUAUCAACGAGGAAAUAACUUUGACCGAAGAUAAAUUGAGCAAAGUUGGCAUCGCAGGAUUGGAGAAAGCACAGGAAAAUCAAAUUAUCAAAAACGAUAUUUUGCUGAACAAAGCAUUAACAGAUCUAAACAGCCUCAUGAAUUUAGCUUCUGAAAUCGAAUUGCUCUAUGAUAAGGACAGCUCAGCGAAAACUGCCACCAAAUCGCCGUUUCUAGUUGUUGAUCGAGAAAAAUUUCUGAACAAGUCAUUGUUCAUAGACGAAAUAGCCAGAGAGGUAUACGAUUUCAUUAUGUCAGAGUUCAAGGAGCAGAAGGAAAGGGAAGGAGUAAUUCUGAUAACAUUAGUGGAUGUUUAUGCGCUUUACAAUAAGUCUAUGCGAAUCGGGACGGGCUUAGUAUCACCCCAAGAGCUUCGAGAGGCAUGCGAGAAAUUCGAAAAGCUGGGUCUUCGAGAUUUGACAUUGAAAAAGCUCAAUAAUAGAGUUCUGUGCGUUUCUUCAGGCGAUUCGUUCGAUUUUAUCAAGGGCAAAAUUUUGAAAAUCGUCAGUGCGGUGCCGGGCGCCGACCUUUUACAAUUAACACAGAAACUCAACUCAAGCAGUUCUAAUGCAUGGACCGUUGGAAUCAUCAUGGAAGUGCUACAAAAUUGUGUUAACGAGGGUAAUUUAUUGAUAGAUGAGCAAAUAUCCGGUAUUCACUAUUAUGUAAACUGUGAUUGGAAAAUCAAUUAA